AUGACGUCAUCGGAUCUCAUUGAUUAUGUCGAGGAAUCAUUUAGCAAUCAGAGUACGGAUGCGAAUGGAAUUGAGAUGGUUACACAGAUUAUGUAUGAUAUGAAAAAGUACAACUCUGUGAUAGACGUGCUCCCUCCACCGAAUCACGAGGAUCUUCAUGUGAUGAUAAUGGCUGUUUCGUAUCUUUUACUGUUUUUGUUAGGUACCUGUGGCAACGUGGCCGUGCUCACCACCAUUUACCACGUCAUUCGUUCAUCGCGUGCCACACUCGACAACACAUUAAUCUAUGUCAUUGUACUCUCAUGUGUCGACUUCGGAGUCUGUCUGUCUCUACCGAUUACGGUCAUUGAUCAGAUUCUCGGUUUUUGGAUGUUCGGUAGUAUUCCUUGCAAACUUCAUGCCGUAUUCGAAAACUUCGGUAAAAUCCUGAGUGCCCUUAUCCUCACCGCAAUGAGUUUCGAUCGUUAUGCUGGAGUGUGUCAUCCGCAGAAAAAGUAUCUGAGAUCAAGAAACUUUGCUAUUUCUAUUUUGUUAGCUCUUGCGGUAUACGCCUUCAUCUCACUUUGCCCAUUGCUCUGGUCAUUUACAGCACGAGAAAUCAUAUUGUAUGCAAAGGAGACAGGCCCCGGACAAUUAACCAGAAUGAAAAUUGAGAAGUGCACUGUGGAUAUCGAUUCAUCAAUGUUCACGGCGUUUACUAUUUACCAGUUCAUCCUCUGCUACUGUACUCCACUCAUCCUAAUUGCCUAUUUCUACACAAAACUGCUGACAAAACUGCGUGAACACACAAGAACGUUUAAAAGCUCUCAAAUUCCAUUCCUGCACAUUUCUCUUUACACGUUGGCAGUGGCAUGUUUCUACUUUUUGUGUUGGACACCAUUCUGGAUGGCCACUCUAUUCGCUGUUUACCUGGAGAACUCGGCGAACUCUAGCAGUGUGCCGCCUGUGUUUGUAUAUAUCAUGUAUUUUAUUCACGCGCUGCCCUUCACAAAUUCAGCUAUCAAUUGGAUUCUUUAUGGCGCUCUAAACGGACAACUCCAACACAGGUACCGCUCUAAUCGAUCAAGUUCAACCAAGAAAACUACAACUACUGGCGCGUCAACAGCGUUAUUGGAUAAGAAAUUGACAACGUUACAGACAAAUUCGAAUUAUCAGGUAAACGGCUCAAUGACAUCAAUCGCUGCUGUGGCUCCGCCCUCAAGUCUAGCUAACAACAAUAACGAAGUACUAGUUGCCACGUCUACAAAUGAUGAUGAAGUGGCGAUGGAUGUGGUAAAUGUUAGACUACUCAGCAGUCAUAAUCCCACAUUUCUCUGA